CUCUCUCUCUCUCUCUCCCCGUUCCGUUGAUCCGUUUUUCUCUCCUUUAAUUACAUAUCAGCCCUCUGUCUAGCUACUCUACCAGCCCCAUCAAACAUCCUCCUAAUUCUCAUUCAAUUACACGCGUAUAUCUAUCAACACACACACACAUGAUGUUGAAGAGACAAGACUCCGCACUCUCCUCCUCUCGCCGUGUAAUGUCGUCUGUUCCGCAACCGCCCAACGACCACCACCACCAUGCUAAAUCCGUCGGUUGCAUGUCCGGCAUUUUCCAUCUCCUCUCCAGACAUCGUCAUCGCCGCAAAUUCCUCACCUCAGGUAAAAAGCAAGAAAAAGUUGCACAACAUGAUCAUCGCAGCAGCAGCCACACUAUACCUAAAGUGUCCUCCUCGCAUGAAAGUCCAACAGGUCAAGCGGAAAUAAAAAAAUCGAGUGUUGAUAAUAAUAUAAAUGCUAUUAGCUGGGAGGAGAGGAGGAAGCUGAAGUUUGACUUGGAAAGAUGCGACGAGGAUUUGAAAGAGCUGAAGAUGAUUAUCGAGUCCAUCAGAUAUUCAGACUGUGAGCGCUCGCCUUUGCCCCCGACGACGUCUGUAGUGGUGACUAGAACGGUGGUGGAUGAAAGAUGUGGACGCACAAGAAGAGAUGAUGAAGAUAUUAAAUACAGCAUUGUGAAUGAGCAUACGAGUCCAGUGUCAGUACUGGAUGAGUUGGCUCGUGCUCCUCUAAUUAGCACCAACUGUUCCAGGGAAACGACUACUAAAAAUGGUAGAAUGUCAGUGCCACAACCACAGAAGGGUCUACCAAGGAAGAAGGACGAAGCUACCUACGAGUCAUUGUUCGUGCAAAAGGUCAUGAUCGAAUCAGUGAGGGCAAAGCGCGAGGCUGUCACUUCUCCUCUGCCACGGAGCAGCAAGGCGAUGAUUGAGAGUGUAGAAGAGGUGUGCAAGGACAUUGCUUGGGGAGAAAAGAGGGAUGUGGGAAGAAUAGGAUUGGUGAUACAGGAUUGUAUUUGCAGAGACUUGAUUGAAGAGUUUGUUAAGGACUUGGGACAUUCUUAUAAGCCGAGCAACUUAUACUCACUGCCCUUUCAAGCAUGCAAGAGAAAACUCUGUUUUUAGUUGUUGUAUUCCUUAAAUAUAUGCGUGUAAAACAAAUUUCAGCUGCAAAUCAAAGUAUGCAUGCAUGAUUUAAUUUAAUUUUUAAACGUAAA